CACACCGGAUGUUUCCGGAUGUUCUCACUUUCAGGGGCUUGUGACGGAAUCCGCUUCUCGUCCUGUCUUAUGUUUUUGUGAUCAGCGGCUAUGAGCGACUUUUAUAUUAAACCAGGGAACCAGGAGAGAGGAUGGAAUGACCCUCCGCAGUUUUCAUACGGCUUGCAGACCAACACCACCGGGGGACAGAAGCGGAAUCUUCUCAACAAGAGAGUUCCUCCACCUCAACUCUCAGCUCAGAGUCCCGAUUUGGCGUUACCUUCCUCUUCGGCCUCUAAUUCAAUUCCUCCGAGUCAUUCAGCGCCUCCUCCUGUGGCCGGAUUCACUCCACCUCCUAAGGGUCACGUUUCUUCCUGCGGUGUAGAGGACUUGCCUUCAAAGUCCCACCCUGACUCGACUGUACAACCGGAGAACGAACCCAACCUUAGCGACGUUCAAGAACCACUUGCCUGGUCGCUGAGUGCGUGUCGGCAAACUGUAAAGAAGCAGGUGUGUGAUGACGUUGAGAGGCGACUGAAGAUAUUUGAAGAAAUGUGGAGAAGUGGGAAACUCUCUGUGCCGGUUAAAUGUCGGAUGCACGGACUUUCUCAAGAGCUAAGCAAUAAGAAUUGGGACAAAGCGGAUGAGAUUCACAGAGCCCUGAUGGUCGACUACGUUAAUGAAGUGAGCCAGUGGAUGGUGGGCAUUAAACGUCUUAUUGCGGAAACUCGCAACCUGAGUCCAGAGCUGCUGCACACGGAGGCGACGGCUGAAGGGGAAGCCGCCGCCGAUCCCACGCAAUGAGGCGGUGGUUUUUCCGAGCCGUUCGCAUUACAGGACACUACUGGUUAAACACUUUAAUUAGUUUUUUUCCAGAGCUGCUUUUGGUUACGGGAGGGAGAACUUGUGUUCAUGCUGCAACACUGCAGAGCUCUUUAUACUGUAAUAAUAGUGUUUAAUCUUUUUUUUUUUGCUUUUUUUUUUAUAUUAGUGAUUAUAUGGGCAGGUAGAGAAAAAAAAAAGGACUGAAUUAGGGUAUCAAAUGUGAAGGUUGUUAUGGAUUUUACAGAUAUAGCAUUAUUGUGUAAGUCCAAGCAACCUUUUUGCAAUACAGCAUUACGAGACAAAUGAUGAGAAGUUUACCUUUAUUUCUAUGCAACCAUUUCUUUCAACAUUUUCCGUUUUUUUUUUUUCUUAAAUGUAAUUUUACGUUACAUUCCCUAACCUGAGUGUUGGGGUGGCACGACUGUUCCUUCAGCAUAUUUAAUCCUUUAAUCAACUCGCUGGUUAUGUAAUAUAUAAUUAAAUAACUACACAAAAA